AGAUGGCGGGUGAGGCGGUCACGUGGGUUCUUCGGUUGCUUCUUUUUUCUUGCUUGUUCUUGCUAUCCGAUGUUGUCAGUGUUAGACAAAGCGGUUUGUCAUUUCGGCCCAAUGUAUCUCGAUCCCGAAAAGUGAUCGCCUCCUGAUGUGGCCCUUCCAAGGAUGGAAUCUCCGGACGAGAGCCCCAACAGCGCCGAGUGUUCCGACGAUGAGCAACGCUUGCGAACUUACGGCCUGCUGGGUUUCCGAGACCUGUGCAUCAAGAAAGGAUUCCCAAACCUCCGCUUGUUGAGUAAAGAUGAUCUUGCUGGCCUCGUAAAAGAGUUCUAUGAACAGUCGCGAAUCAAGCAGGGUGUAUGCAACGCGCGAUCCCUUCGCAGGUUUCAUCUUGGCCUCACUCAAUACUUCCGAUCGCAGUUUGGCAGCGAUUUUGACAUGGGCCGAGACCCUGCGUUUGUGGAAGCAAACAACUCUUUUGCGGCGGCGAGCAAGAUGCGACCCUCAAGCAAGCUGCCGGCAAAUAUGACACAGACCGCUGACGCUGUUGUCAUUAGCACGGAGGACUUGACAAAGAUCGGCCAGUACUUUUGGCGGGUAAUCAAUACACCUCGAGGCCUUCAGCAGAAAGUGUGGUUCGACCUCAUGAUCCACUUGGGUGCGGAGGGCAUCGAGAACCAACAUUCCAUGCGAAGAGAAUCUUUUGUCAUCCUCAAGUCACAAACUGACGGCCGUAGACGACUGCAAUGGAAGGUGGAGGGAAAGUCUCGUGGUGCCCCCGUGUUCGACGAUCCGGACAGUCCCCUGUGCCCUGUCAAGACGUUCCAGCUGUACCUCAGCAAGCUGAACCUGGCAUGCCCAGCGCUGUUCCAACGCCCCCACGACGGCAUCACCAAGUCUUCCCGUUUCUGGUUUCACAUGUUUCCCCUGAACAACACCAUGCUCGCGCUCAUGAUGUACGACAUCUCCAAGGACGCGGGCCUGAGUCGGGUCUACCCUAACUUCUGCACUCAGGUGCUGCCUGAGAAGGGUCGCUUCUAUCAACUGGCCCGAACUGGGUACUUGUCCCUGGAGAAUUUUUGCGCGCAACCACCGGUCAAAGCGGAAAGUCCCAAGGGGAACGAGACCACACCACCACCGCAGGAGGGGGACAGCAUCCCCUUCAAGCUCUGUGCCCAGUGCCUCACCCCGGUGAAGCUGACUACAACAGCACAGAAAAACAAGGGCAUCCUGUGCUCUGUGCCUUGCUUCGAAGCAUUCAUGAAGGCCAAGGAGAUGCGACAAAACAUCAAGGUGUCCUUCAAGGAUGGCACGCGGGUGCCCCAGUACACAAUGCCUGGAGGGGCCAACAGUCAGUUGGUGGCCUUCAAGAGAGGGGUUGGUGGCACUGGUCCUCCUGAACAAGUGCAGCUUUUAGGCAAAAACAUUCCUCCAGACGUCUACAAGUUCAUCCAGCAAGUGGCCAAGAUCCAAGCGCAGGGACACCCAGCAAAAGAGGGAGUCCCCAUGCUGUUCAAGGAAGACGGUUCCAACAUCGAUGCCAAAGAUUGGUCCCUACCUGCGGAGUUGAUGGAACUCACUAUGAACAUCGGAAAGCAGCAAGGAAACAAGCAACCUGUGGGAAGCUCGCUACUACAACGAAACAUAAAGAGAAUAAAAAUGGAGCCAACCAUCCGGAUCAGAAGCCCAGUAUCUAUGCUGCAGCCCGGUGCCAAAACAGUGCUUCAACCGAGAUGUCACCUUGUGCAGAAAGUGCCCAUCCAAAUGAUCCAGAAAGGACAGCUCAUUCAGAAGCAGACGAUAGUCCACAAGGUGCCAGUCCAACAGAAGCCGCCAGCAAGGCCACCGGAAGCCGCCCCUCCUGUGCAGAUGCAGCUCAAAAUUGAGCCCGUUGUCCUCAAGGGAGAGUCUGGUCAGCAGAUCAAAGUGCAACUAAAGAUGCAGACGGCUCAAGACAAAGUUGAAAGGCCGACAUUGCCCAGCAUGCCCGACACCGACAGAAAGGCGGAGACGAGGCCGUCAGAAGGUGACCCGGCAAAGCCCAAUCAUGAGAAAGAACUGAGCCCCCAAACGGCGUCUCAGCGGCGAGAAAACGUAGUUCUCCACAGCCCAGCAGACAGCAUCCAGGAGGGAGGCCAUCCUGUCCAGAGCCAGCAGAGAGCUUCACCACCGCGAGCCAAUUCCGUCUCGCUCAACAGCCAGCACUUGCGGAUGCCGAGCGGUGUCCAGAAUGGUACUCAGCACUUCCCGCAUUCUCAGCAGUCCCCUGCGGAGGGGAGCAGAGACACCUCGCAACAUUUGCACUCUAGCCCGAAAGCCGCGGAAUCUCAGAGGUGUCAGAACUCUCUAGCCCACCCCAGUCCGGAACCGAGACACUCGUCGCAGCCGAUGCAACAGAGCGCAAUCGCGGACCGUAAGGUGGACGGGAAUGCAGCAGGCUCCCUGCAGGGCAUGAAGGGUUUGGAAGGCCACAUGCACUGGAACCCAGGGACUAUGGGUUCUUCCCAAAACCCGCAUCUAAGCUCUAGUGAUGCCCUGCUGCCUCCGCAUCCGAGCGCGAGGCCCACGGAGUUUGAGACGCACAACCACCAGGGUGCGCCACCCGUGGACACCGUGCGUCACAUGCACCAGAAUUCCAGCAUCAUGAAUCCCGUUCACCGUAAACAUUCGCAGCACCUUGCGCCGGACAGCAUGGAGCCCGUAAAUUCUCAUCAGAAGACUCGCCAAAAUUUAGAAGCCCUUCAUCCGGUACAUCCAGGGGCAGUAGAUUCUCAGAAGCACAUACGCAGGAGCACGGAAUCCAUCGAUUCCCUGCAUCGCAUGCACCAGAAUUUAGGAACGGCCAAUCAGCCCAUGUUACAAAGCCCAGGAAUGGUAGAUUCUCAGCAGCAACACGGCAGUCACGGAGCACUGGAGCUUCAGCAUCCUGUACGUCAGGUGCAUCAACAGAGUGCUGCUACUAACAUGCAUCACGCAGCAGAUGGCAAACGGCCAGCUGUGCAUCAGAACCAGCACUUGCACGGCAGCCAUCAAAGUACUGCAACAAUCCAGUGCUUAGAUUCCGGGAAGCUCGUCCACCACGGCGUGCAGAACGGAGAACCCGCAAAGCUGGCGGACACCUUACACGACGAGGCCUUCCAGCCACGCCUGUACCCGAUGGAGCCAAACAACCUGUACGGCUGCCAAAAUGACAAGUCCACCGCCUCCAAAGAAAAGCAGGACAAGCCCUCUGCCCAGCACCGCCCGAUGGAACCGCUGCAGAUGCUGGACAGGAUGUCCGAGGGCCACUUCUCCCACUUUCAAGCAACCCCAGCUUACCCAGAUUUCCAGCAGAGGUCAUUUGCAGACUUCCAUCAGCAUCAGCCAUGGCAGUUCCCUUCAUCACCCUUCCAGCCUCACAUUCAGCCACAGUCACCGCACACUCCCAUGUCAGGCCAGCUCGAAGCGGGGGAGCGCCACAAGGGCAGCUGGAGCCACCCCACGGCGAAGGGCACCCAGCCGCAGCCGUACGUGCAGGAAUACGUGCCGGACCUGCCCUUUGGCGGCCAGCAGCCCUUCGGUCAGCACUACCAGCCUUACCACCUGUACCAGCCUCAGCAUUACGAGCCGCAGUUGCUUCAGCAAUACUCACCGUUUCAGCAGCAGCACUUUCCCAGCCUUCAGCAUCAUCUACCCGGAGCAGAGCUCGCUGCCAAGCUGGAGAUUCCCAACGGCAUGUAGUGGACGGUCGUCCCCCCCCGCUCUUUGUACAUAGCCACAUUUCACUGCUAAUUCCUCGUUGUAAGCUUCAGUAUUUAUUUUGCACCAUCGUCCCACCACCAUUUACACAGGCCAGCGCUCGUGAUGGUUUCAGGCCUGUCGUAUUCGCCCGUCAGGCCGUUGCAUUCCAAAUCCUUCUGUCUUUUUUUUUUUUUUUUUUUUCUUCUUCUUCUUCUUCUAGUGCUGUUGCUAAACAUCCAAUCAAAAAUGCGCAGGCAGCUCGCAGUUUUCGUGACUGCCAAAAAACAAUCGCAAAGUUUUUUUAUUUAGUGGAUUUUAAUUUGUUUGCUGCGUGCAGUUACACAUUUUAUAAAAACAAACUACUACAGGGAACGA